GAGCGUCUCCGCCGCGAAACCAUCCGCCGCAACCGAGAAUUUCUCCGUAAACUCGGCAUCGCCGCCACCGCCGCCGUCUCCAAUUCCAAUCCCAAUCCCAAUCCCAAUCCCCUCCCCUCCAAACGCCCCAAGAACCCCCCUCCCCCUUCCCUCCCUCUCCGCCGCAGCACCCGUAAGCGUCCCCGCCCCCCUCUCCCCCCCUCUUCCCCCUCCGACGCCGACGAUGGCUCCUCCUUCGUCGAUUCCUCCGUCUACCGAUACGCAUGCCGCGCCGAUGCUCCCCUUCUGGAUACCAACCCUCCUCCCUUCCCCUCCCAAAACCCUAAUCCCUCCAUCACCGGUUUCAGAAUCGUCGGUAAGGCGUUCCGCGAUCCUUCCCUCGCCAGGAUCUAUUCUCUUGAUGUGUUCCCUCUCAACGAGGAUCGGCUCUUGAUCGCUGCGGGAGGGAACGGCGGAUUCAUCUCCGUCUACGGCGGCGGCGGAGUGGGGAAUCGGACCAUAGAAGGCGACGGCGACGAUUCGGAAAUGGAAACGGAGCUCCCUCUUAUGAGCUGGAAGGGUAGCGGGAGCUGGAUCUCCGGAGUGCGGUUCGUCGAGGAAAACCCGAUGCUCCUGCUCUCGAGCUCGAACGAUGGCGGAAUCGUAGUUUGGGAUCUCAAAAGGCUGCAGGCCUCGCCUUCAACUUCUUCUCGCUCUCCGCCCGUCGUGACGAAGUUGACGGCAGGGCUGCAUUCGGCCGGGAUCUUCGCCAUGGAUCGGUUCGGUUGCUCGAUCGCCACGGCCUUGAAGGACUCUUCCGUCGGCCUCUCCAGGCUCACUCCAGCAGGGGAUUUGGUGGCGGAACGGAACAUUUCCGGGCACCAUUCCGGGGUGAUCAGAGGUGUUUGUUUUAGAGAAGCAAAUACUCUCGCAGACUGCGGAGCUGACGGUCGUAUUUGUGUCCUCGACACAAGGUCGCCGCAUCCUUGCACGCUUACGGUCGAAACGCAACAUAUGACGGGCAUAAACACGGUAGAAUGGUGCAAACUCGACGAGUCUCUGCUUCUUUCUGCUAGUAAAGAUCCAACACUCCACCUCUUCGAUGUGAGGAACCCUAGCAGACCGCUCCAUGUACUCCAAGGGCAUGUCGAGUCGAGCACCGGGACUUGCCGUCAGAUUUGCAGGCCUUGCUUUGUGGACGGCGGCAAGGCGGUCGCUACACCAGGGCAAGGGUCGAGGAAGAUCUCAUUGUUCGAUGUUGGUAAGGGUGCGAUGAUAAGCCAAGGGAUAAUCGGAUACGAUGCCAACUUAGUCACUUUCACUAAUCAUGCAGAGCAGCAAAUACUCUGGGCAGCAGGAAGAUACAUAAACCAGCUCUGUCCAUUGUUACACCGAUGCUAAAGUAUUGGAUAAAAUUAUCUGGUUUUGCUCGGCUAAACAUGUUAAAGUAAAUGACAGUAUACUCUUUUAAGUUUACCUUGCUCUUUGUUUUGAUGUGGAAUGUAGUAUUGUUUUAUGAUCAUGCUUUUAUAAUCUUCAGUUACUAUAACCUGUAAUCUUGUAGUGCCUACCAUUUGCUGCCUAGAUUUUGAAGCAUGAUCAAACCCAAAUGUUAAGGCCGGUGUGAAUGGUUUCAUCAGUAUUCCAAUCUCUUCAUCAUGCCAAAACAGCACAUGUUUUGAAUAGAGUGAUAACGAAGUAACUUUGUUGGUUCA